GAGCCGCUAGAUGUCGCUUCGCCGUUACAACGCGUGGCAGCCGCUUUGCUUUUUGUAGUGCAGCUGCUCAACGCUCGUUCACCGCCUAGCUCGACCGCCCGCCGGUAACUCGACACCACAGCUGAGGUUUAAAGUCAGUGCAGGAUGGUUUCUUAACUGCCCUCUCCGAAAUGCUCGAGCCUCACAAGGCACCCACGGAGGCUGACAGACUGCAGAUAACAGGCUGAGAGGAGUGGCACAGGAGUCAGGGAAGACGACACGAAGAGCGCCCUUUCGUUCGCUCGCUGACAGUUAGACGCGCGAUGUCGACUUUCAGAUGAGCCAGCGCGAACUUUUCACUUUUCACAGGCUGAUGGAUGACCAUUCACGGCGACUGCGUGUGAGCAGGAGAUGAUGAAGAAUUACAACAACAGUAGCCGCCACAUAAGUGCACCUCCGAACCACAGCAGAGAUACGAAACCCCUCGGCGGCUGGCUUUCCUUGACCUUUUUGCGCUUCUCCCUGCACGACUAUGGCUUCUGCAUGGCCACCCUGCUAUUCUUCUGUAUGGGAUCUCUGUGCUAUCAGCUGAACGGUGGACCCCCUCAAAUCCUGUUGGAAAUCAGGCGCUAUCUGGGAAACUCCACUUUUCUGGAUGACCACGGACCUCCUCUCCCUAGAGUCUUACCUUUUCCAAGCCAAGUAGUUUAUAACAGAGUUGGGAAGUGUGGUAGUCGCACUGUUGUCCUGCUGCUCAGAAUUCUUUCUGAAAGACAUCAAUUUAAUCUUGUGGCCUCGGAUGUCCAUAAUAAAACUAGGCUCACCGAGAACGAACAGGUAGACCUGAUGAAAAAUAUAAGUGACAUUCCCAAACCUUUCCUAUAUACACGGCAUGUGCACUUCCUAAACUUCUCAAGGUUUGGGAUGGACCAGCCUGUAUACAUCAAUAUAAUCAGGGAUCCAAUCAAUAGAUUUCUCUCCAACUAUUUCUUUCGUCGAUUUGGUGACUGGAGAGGUGAGCAGAACCACAUGAUUCGAACACCAGGCAUGAAGGAUGAGGAGAGAUACCUAGAUAUUAAUGCGUGCGUUCUUGAAAACUACCCUGAAUGCUCUAAUCCUCGGCUCUUUUACAUCAUUCCUUACUUCUGUGGCCAGCAUCCCAAAUGCAGGGAACCAGGUGAAUGGGCACUGGAGAGGGCCAAACAAAAUGUCAAUGAAAAUUUCCUUUUAGUUGGCAUUUUGGAAGAGCUUGAAGAUGUACUUCUUCUACUAGAACGACUUUUACCUCAUUUCUUCAUGGAUGUUGUCAAUAUUUACAAAAGUCCAGACUACCGAAAGAUAGGCAACAUGACAGGGACUGUGAAAAAGCAGACGCCCUCACUGGAAGCUCUUCAGGCACUAUAUCAGCGCAUGAAAUAUGAAUAUGACUUUUACUACUACAUCAGGGAUCAGUUCCAUUUGCUGAAAAGAAAAAUUGGACUGAAGUCGCAAGAUCACGUGCUACGCUCUCAAGAAUUAAUUUUUGUAUCUCAGCCAAAACUUCAAGAACCUUUUGAUGAAGAGGAUGAAGACAAUGAUGAACACUGGCUAGGACAGCCCUGAUCAUAUCCCUGCAAUCUGGCUGACAUACUGUAGUAUGGCAUUAACAUACAAAUUCACACCUACCUAUGUAGGUGAAUGUUGGAAGGGACCUGCUUUUAUUGGUGGAGGAAACCUGUACCCUAGUGUCGUAUGGCACACAAUAGGCAAGGGGCUGGAUAAGUGAUUCUUUUAUCUAAUACUGGGAACUGGAUCUUUUGGUGGGAUUGUCAAACAGAAUGUUUUGGAAGAAUUGAUUUUGGACAGUGGUUGACCCCACUGUCUUGUUUUAAUCAUAAGAGGACACUGUAUCAUCAUUUUUCUUAAAAAUCUCAUCCUAAUCUUCCUACUUUAGGUGAAGUGCUUGCCAGCUGCUGCUUAUACUGUAAGUCUGUACAUUAGAUGUGUGAAUGCCCCUUUGUGCUCCACAGUUGAGUCCUUCUUCAUUACAUUAACUACAUCCAGAAAUGGUUAAUCUCAUCUUGAUCAAAGUUACCUUCUGGCUAUGAAAAUGGUCAUUUUUUUCAUUUACAAUCCCAACAUGGCAGCCAAGCAGUAUUGUGCCUUAUUUUUGUUGAUCAAGGUGCAACUAAAAAACAAAGCAAAGAUCUGCUUUUACAGUUGCAGCACUCAGAUAAUAAAUGCAACUUGUUUUAAUGUUUAUGCCAAGGUCAGAACUGGAUUGUGGCUUAGGACUGCACAACAGUGUACUGUUUCUGGAAGGACGUUAUAAAUCACCAGUACUGGUUAUUACUUCUCUUGGUAUCUUCAGUAUGAACCAGAACCAUUUAGUUGUCUCUUUCUGUUGCUAAAGCCAGCUGGUAUGAUGAUCAAGCCAUGCAUGUACCUCAGUCUGUCAACUUCACUGGGUCUUUCAGACAGAUCGUGACUUUUUCAUCAACUUUGCAUAAUUUCCUCAAGCUUUUCUUUAUGGGGUUGGUUGUCUUGCUCAUCAUUGUUGUGCUGCAUAUGCUAUUGUCCAGACUUGAACAGAAAAACUGAACUUAAGUCCUUAAAUUACACUGGCAAGAAACGAGUCUAAGAUUUCAACUUUAAUGUUAUAAAUCCACUUCGAAUUUUCUGGCACAUAAAUCUGUUUCAAUGGGUGCUAUAGGCAUUUGUGCCACAACUGCCCAAGCCAGUUCUAAGUGAAGACCGCUGUACAAAAGUAAACUGAAUUAAAAUGAAUAUGGGUGUACAGUAUAUACAGAAAGGAUUGAUCAUUACCUUAACUUUAUAUAUAGAUAACAUAUAUAUGUAUAGCUAUUGACUGUACACACAGGAUUUCCCCCAUAUACUUUCAGUAAUGGCGGGCUAUAGCUGCUAAAAUGUUUCUGCCACUACUGAAAGAUUGGUAGUGGUUACUGUCACAUUCGAAAAUGGCACAGCCCACUUGUACUUGCCUUUUCCACCACUGUCCACAAUCAUGAAUAGAAAUUAACCUGUAUGUGAAAACUGACAGAGCCACUCGUCACCACAACAUUACAACUGUGUGUCCAAACUCAGAUUUACAUAAGAAGUGGCAGGAUUCAUCAGCCAAGUCUCAUAACAGGAUUAUUUUGAAUUGUACAAUAUUUACUUCUUCACAGAAUAUCUCCCUUUUUUGACUUGAUAUAAAACACAAACAUUUUUAUGAAUUUUAAAGUCAUCAGCAAAAUUGUAUGACUAUUUAAAAUGCUUUGAAUUGCCUUCACAGGGUGGCUUGUUCUUGAGAGUGGGAUCAGAGUUGAGAUAAGGGCCAUAAAGGGAUAGACACCAUCCACAGUUUAUUCAACACCGCAGAUUACAGAAUGCUGUUUAGGAAGAGAGGGCCCCAAAACCUUGUGUUGGGACUGUGCUGCCUGUAUGUGGGAUGUGCAUCCUACACUGAGCCUAUUCUUGCUUACAGAGCCAUACUGGGAUACUUACAAAUAUUGGCAUAGUUAAGUCCUAUUAUGGGGCAGGCUGUACCAAUAGUUACCUGUGACUGAAGGUUUGCAAUACUUCCUUGUGGGCCUGUCUCAAAGGAUACCAUGGAAAAGAAGGAAUGCCAAGCUGAAGUGUUGCUUUUCAAUAAGAAAAUGCAGCCCACAUAUUGCUGCCUGAUGGAGACAGGCCAUAUGUGCAGUUAAGACCGUCCCUUUAAGGGUCUCUGGCAGUAAAACGGGGGAGUCCCACAUACAUUAGCAUUAACCCAGCAGUAGUCACCAAAUGACAAGUAGUCUGGCUCUGCUACUUUAGACAAAAGGGCGCAGGCACAAGUGUUGUGCAGGUCUUGUGGAAGACACAACUAGCAAACUGCUAAAAAUGUACUAAGAAAUCACUAAAUACUAAUACUAGAAUUACCAGAGCCUACAAAAAACUCAUAGAUCCGUCCCACCUUAAAUCGCUUCUUAAAACCAUUCUC